CGCACCAAGAAGACGAGAAAAAGAAGAAGAAGAAGCUCUAUCAACGUCAUGGCUCCCAGCUUUGGCCGCUCCAUCUCCUUCCCGCUUAGUCCGGCGAGGUCCAAGCCCCGGGCGGCGGCGCCCUGCCACGUCCGCUCCAUCAGCCUGCCCUGCCGCUCCCACCCGCUCCUCUCCCACCUCCAGAGCCACAUUGCCGCCGUCCGCUCCUGGCUCAUCCAGGACGCCUCCUCCCUCUCCGCCGGCCUCGCCCACAUCCACGCCCUCCACGCCGCCCUCGCCGACCUGCUCCUCCUCCCCGACCCGCAGGACACGCUCCGCCGCGCCACCGCCACCGCGGACCGCCUCCUCGACGCCUUCCUCCUACUCGCCGACGCGCACCAGGGCUUCCAGGAGGCCCUCCUCGACCUCAGGCAGGACGUCGCCGAGGCGAGGGCCGCGCUGCGGAGGGGCGACGCCGCAAGGCUUGCCUCAGCCGUCAGGUCCCAGCGCAGGGCCGAGAAGGAGCUCUCCCGCCUCGCCUCCACCGUCUCGGCGGCCGCCACCGCCAAGUACCCGUCGCGCCUCGGUCUAGGCGCCACCGCCGAGGAGACCGAGAUGGCCGCAGCGCUCAUGGACGCCGCCGCCGCCAGCGCCGCGGCGUCCGCGGCCGUGUUCUCCGCUGCCGCGUCCAUGUCAUCGGCCGCGGCGUCCUCUUGCAAGAAGACGCCGGCGUUUGCUGCCUUUGCCAAGAAGGCCUCGCCGGAGACGGCCGAGGUGGCUCUCGACAGGUUCGAGGAGUUGGAGCGAUGCAUCGAAGAGUCCGAGAGCAGCUGCCACAAGGUGUUCAGGGGCAUUCUUCACACAAGGGUUGCCCUGCUCAACAUUCAGACUCCAACUUUUUAGAAACCAAACAUGUCAAAGGCCACAAAUGUACAUCUAGCUGACUGCUCGAUCUAUCAUCAUGGAAACUAAUUGUAUCAUUGACACUUUGACUACAACACUGUACAUACAAAACUGAGUACAGAUUAAUACAGA